AAGAUGUCUAUCUCAUCCUCUCAGCAAUCAAUAUGUCCUACACCUCUGCGGAGCUUCUUGACGCCUUUCUCUCCACUACCGACGAUAAGAUUAUCCCACUCACCGCAGCAGGUGUUGCGGCGGGGUGUAAAGUCUUUGGUGCGGCUAUCUUGCGAAAGAGUGAUUUGAGCGUGGUCGUGGUGGCGACCAACAAUGAGACCUCCUCCCCUCUUCUUCACGGAGAGAUCAAUUGUAUUCAGCAUUUUUACGCUCUUCCUGCGGAUCAGAGACCGUUGCCUAGCGAGUGUGUCUUCUUCGCUACCCAUGAACCUUGCUCACUUUGUCUCUCUGGUAUAACCUGGUCGGGGUUCGACAACCACUACUUCCUCUUCACAUACGAAGACACCCGAGACGCAUUCAACAUUCCCCAUGAUAUUCGUAUUCUUGAACAAGUUUUCAAGGUUCCGGCUUCUUCAGAGUUACCAUCUGAAUUUGCAAAUCGACCGCUUUACAACAAGUCAAACGAGUUUUGGACAGCACGUUCAGUGGCGGAGUUGAUCGAGGAUUUGGAGGGUGAUGAGAAGGAGGCUAUGAAGACAAGAGCGCAAGAGGUCAAAUACAAGUACAAUGGGCUUUCAAAAGUGUAUCAGGACGGUAAGGGGAAUGCUGGCAUACCGCUUGCUUAGUAAGGGGAAACAAGUAAUCUAUUGGCGUCAAACAGGAAUCUUCUAUCUAUAACCAAUUGUUAUUACAGUAUUCACCCACCAUACCCACAAUAGAACUCACACCUUUCACGGAUUUGAUAAGAAGGAAACAAAUCGCUUAGAACUCUCCUGGACCCCUACCAAAGUAACUUCCACUUGGAACAGUCAACCAUGGUGUCCCUUUGGCAUCAUCCGUGUCGGAUCCAACAGUGUUACCCCACCAAUUCAACUUGACACCAUUGUAGCUAAGAGCGAAGAAGAUGAUGAUGGUGGCGAGUGCCGUACCAGUAUCCAUGGCAGCUUGGGUUAGGUCUGGAGAAGGAAAACUGCAUAAGCGUUGCCAAAAAAGAAAAGGAAGGAGUUGAACUUACAAUUGUAUCGCUUCCACCAAGCAAAGGCCCGCCUUCGGAUGAGGUAGUUGAAAAUGAAACCAAAGAUGAACCAAAGAGAAUAUUGGGCUGAUGACAGCAGUCAGCUAAGGGCGAAUGGAGUUUGGUCGAGCUCAGACUUACUAGUGUUGGCGGGAGGGAUAUUGCCUAAAAGGCUUCGUCAUUAUCUGAGGUCAAGCAUGUAGGGAAGGAAAAUUUACCUGCAGCAUUGAAGAAGACGGGCACGUUAAUAUACUUGACCCAGCUGCUAGGGUAUCGUCGGUAAACAAGGUAGACGAGCACAGUAACCACAGGCUGAACAAUUCACUUUUUAGCAAUAUCUUAUUCCAAAAAAAAAGUACCUACGCCAAUGAGGAAGAAGUACAUCAAACCAUUGUAAACCUGGCCCGCCUGGAACAUCCUUUGAGGACCAAUGGUACCCCAGAUAAGAGACGCGUUGUACACCACCUUCGCGCCCGCACAAGUGAAUCGGUCGGAAUUUGUAGGUUGACAGAGGUCUUUGAUGUUGCCGAUCAUCCAUCUAAGCACUGGGCCGCCGUCAGCAUGGGACAUCCAAGGCGAAAGGCGAGCCUUACCUCCGGUCUGAGUCAUUGUAGCCAAAAGGGUAGAGUAGAUCUGCGCCCAGAAAAGAGUUCGGGGAGGGAUUUUCUACCAGUCCCGUCAGUUGAUAGUUGGGAUAGGUUAUUUAUGAUAAUUCACCAUGUACUGACCGAGCUUGAGAUCUU